UAGUAUUUUUUUAACCAGCCCUCAAGCAAGAUGCCGCCGUCCAACAAAAUUGCCAUAGUAGUCAUAAUCUCUCUGUUAGUGGUAAAUCCACAUCUUUUGGUUCUUGGUGGACAUUUUCAUAAUCAUUGGUAUGUGCAGCAAACAAAUGUGGUGGAUCUUCUCUAUUAUCUUGAAGGUCGACCAAUUUACACCUAUGAGGAGGCCAAAAGGGUGUGCCUGAAUUUAAAAAUGACCAAACCUUAUCAUGUAAGCGGUAUAGAAUUUUCCGAAUUACCCAUCGAUGGGGAAAUAUGGGUGCCCAAUACAUUUCCCUCGGGCGAUGUUCUGAAAUACAGCAAUGGCUCUCUGAUAACAGCAUGGCUGAGUGAGGGCUUUCACCAACGCCUGGGCUUUGUUUGUGUGGCUAUACUGAAAGCAGCCAUACUGGGCUAUCGCAAUGGAAGCGUGGUCAAAGUUAGAACAUCGGAACAUGGUAUACCAUCUCGUUGCUAUCCCCAGAGAGAUUUAAGGGCGCAUAACAAACUUGAAGAAAAUCUGGCCAUGUGUAUAUUAAUAUAUGAAUUAUAAACAAAUUUUGGUGGAAGCUAUUAAAACGAUGCUAUGG